AUGAGGACAAAAUAUUUUUUUUUACAAAUCCAUUUUCUUCCUCAUUCCAUCUCCAUCCCCAAACCUCCAUUUUUUUUUUCAUCUCCAACCUUCAACCUCUAUCUCCAACUUCCAUUUUUUUAUCUCCAACCUUCAACCUCCAUUUUUCAUCUCCAACCUCGAACCUCCAUUUUUCAUCUCCAAGUUUCAUAUCCUACCUCUAUUUUUUCCUCAUCUCCAACCUCCAUCCCCAAUCUCGAACCUCCAUUUUUCAUCUCCAACCUCCAUCCCCAAUCUCGAACCUUCAUUUUUCAUCUCCAACCCCCACCUUCCAUUUUCCAUCUCCAACCUCGAACCUCCAUUUUUCAUCUCCAAUUUCCAUACCUACCUCCAUUUUCCAAAUUUCAUUUCCAUUCACGAACGUGUGCUGCCUCAACCAUUGACAUGCGUAGUGUCAUCUCAUCCCAAACACGUAUUCAAAACCAUUCUAUAGGUUUCUCUCCCUCUAGAACAAAACAAAAAGCUUUAACUCUAACUCUAGAUAUUUCAACAAAACUUGCUUUUGCACAUGUUAUAUACACCAUGUCAUAUGUAACAUCACAUUCAGAUUCUGCUACUAAAAACAAUAACAUAUGUAGUAGUAGUAGUAAUACGAGGAAGUUGUUUAAUAUGGAUGAUGAUACUAAUAAUGUUGUAGCCGACAUUGAUAUUAAUAAAACUAAACAAAUUGAACGGCGUUACGAAGAAUAUAGGAGGAAGAGAAAGCGUCCUUGUAAAGCGCCAGUGAUCCCUACGAUGGAAUCAACUACCGGAGACACGGCCACGGCGUCACACGGUUUUAUUUCGGUGAUUGGACGUAGGAGGGUGAUGGAAGACGCUAUCAAGGUGAUUCCACGUUUUAUGGCGGCGGAAAAGCAACCGUGUGGAUAUGAUUUCUUUGCGGUUUAUGACGGACACGGUGGGAUGACAGUGGCGAAUGCUUGUCGUGAUAGGUUGCACUUGUUGUUGGCGGAGGAAGUGAAGGAGGGUGGAGAUCAAGGAUUGGAUUGGUGUAAAGCUAUGUAUUCUUGUUUCAUGAAGAUGGAUCGUGAAAUUGGAGUCGGUGGUGGUUGUAGUGGGGAUGUUGAUGCGAAUAACGUGGGUUCUACGGCGGCUGUUGUGGUGGUUGGGAAAGAGGAGAUCGUUGUGGCGAACUGUGGUGACUCAAGGGCGGUUUUGUGUAGUGGCGGUGUAGCAGUUGCACUUUCACGUGAUCAUAAGCCAGAUCUUCCAGAUGAAAGAGAGAGGAUUGAAGCAGCUGGUGGAAGAGUGAUUAAUUGGAACGGGAGUCGCGUUCUAGGAAUUCUUGCUACUUCUAGAUCCAUAGGGGAUCAUUGCAUGAAGCCAUUUGUGAUAUCUCAACCAGAGAUCAACGUGCAUGGAAGAACAAAAUCAGACGAGUUUGUUGUGGUGGCAAGUGAUGGACUUUGGGAUGUUGUAUCAAACAGUUUUGUUUGUGAAGUGGUUAAAAGCUGUCUCCAAGGUCAUAUGAGGAGGAAUAAUAGUGAUAAUGUAAGAGAGGAUCUCAGUAUUAAAGGUUAUGCAGCUGAGGCUGCUGCAAUUCUAGCUGAAUUGGCUAUGGCUAAGGGAAGCAAAGACAACAUCAGUGUUAUAGUCAUCCAACUCAACAACACUAACAUUUGAUAUAUCUGAUCCAAUUGUUUGCUUUUAUUUCCCUUUUGUUUCUUUUGUUUUUUCAUUUGUUGUUUCUUUAAAGUUUUUGUAUUGGAUAGUUGGGAUUUUUAAGUUUUUUUUUAUUUAUAAAUUUCUCAGAAAAGCUUUAUAGUAAGUUAUUGAAUAGAGUGAUACGGAUUAGAAUCAUAA